AUGAAAUCAAUAUCCUGCCCCAAUUUGAAACAAUUAACAGUAACAAUCUAUCGCAAUAUUCUUUACUAUGAACAUUUCUUUUCUCUUUUUCGACGUUUAUCAACUGUCGAACAUUUGACAUUAUUAUUGGCCAUCGGUGUAGACAGACGCGGUCCCAAUCAUUUUAUUGAUGGGUUUGAUUUACAACGAGAGAUUGUUUCAUAUAUGCCUCAUUUACAACAAUUUAAAUUUCAUAUUCGUUCAAUAUUACGACGUGCUCCACAUAUAGAAGUUGACACAAUUCGUCAAAGUUUUGUCAAACAACAACAACCUGUUGAUUGUGUACUUGAUUUUUUCAAAAAUCGUUACGGUCAGUGUCAAAUCUAUUCGCUUCCAUUUAUUGGUACUUGUCUUGACUUCAUCUCAAAUCGAUUUCCAUUCUUCGAUAUCAAGGACACUUUCUCGAAUGUCUCUACAUUAUUACUCUUUGAUGAUGUCAAACCUUUCGAAAGUGUGUUUUUUGAACGUAUGGUUCGAUCUCUACCUCGUCUUAAAACACUUGAAGUAUUCAAUCAACUUGAACAAGAGGAGAAGGGAACGAUAAACACAAAUGUAAUUGAAUUUACUCAUUUAACUGCACUAAUAUUACAUGAUAUACAUGUAGAUUAUGCUAAACAACUUCUUUGUCGAAGUCGUCUUCCUUGUUUAGUAGAACUCAUCAUUUGUAAUGAUUCAUUAUUAGUCAUAAUCGCUGAGAACAAUCAGCAAGCAAGAGAAAAUUGUUCAAAAGUUGAAAGUCUUCAAAUUAUUGAACCAUGGAUCAAGCCAACAAGUGAUCAGUUGAACUUUUUCCCGUCAGUUAUAAAUUUACUAAAUAUUUAUGAAAAUCUGCGAACGGUUGAUAAUAAUGAUGAACCAGGAUCAACAUAUGCAGCUGAUUAUGAAGAAGAAUAUAUUGAUGAACCAAGUCUUGAACGAGAUCAAAAAACUAAUGGUGAAAAUCGUUCAAUUAAAAGUUUAUUUUGUCAAGGAAGUUUUUCAUCAUCAGUUCUUCUAAGAUCAAAUACUCUUCGAAACAAAGCAAUACGAUCUGAUACAAAUGACUCUACUUCAUUAGUUGAUGUAGUACUUAUAUUUCUUAACAAAUGGUAUGCUACAUCGAUAGAUCUGAAUGAUGAUGAUGAAAAUAAUAAUACAUCUUCAUCAUUGGAUGAACCAAAUCAAAUUCUUCGCCUAUUACGUUCGAGUAUAGUGAAAGACGGAAAAUUAACUCCAGUCGUAGAUAAAAACUUAAAUACAUCUAAAAAAAUAACUCGUGAUAAAGAUCGACAAUUGAAUACAUCUCAAAUAAUAAUUCCUUAUAUUGAUGCAAAAUAUGAUCGUGUUCGUUUAAUGGCUAUGUCAACAUUAUCAAGUAUAAUGGAUUUUCAAGAUUUUGGAGUUUUACAAGAGAAAAAACCGAAUAUGGCUCAAGAUAUAGUAAAAUUAAUAUUUGAUUUUAUUGAUCGAGCAGUUGCUCAAGGAAAUAGUCAAUAUAAAGGGAUAUCAUUUGAACUACUUCUUCGUUAUUUACUUCGAUUUCUUGUUCAAGAUUUUGUUAAAAAACAAAUGAUUCAAUAUAUACCGAAAAUAAUUACUUAUGUAGAACAACGUCAUUUAAAUGCACUUAAAAUUCUUCGUAAAUGUUCUUCAUCACCAGAAAUGAAACAAAACUUGACAAAUAAUUUCGAAUUAAACGAAUUUUUAACAACAAAAGCUAAUGCUUUAUUUGCUAGUGAUCCAAGAAUGAAAAAAAUAAUCGAUCAAAUUCGUCAAAAUCUUGCACCAGAAGAACAACAACACGAGUCUCCAGUACCAAUUGAUAUUAAUACUCGACAAGCAUUUAUUUCCUAUUGUCAUCGUGAUAGAGCUCAAUGUGAUAAAUUUGUUCAAGCAUUAAAACAAGCCAAUCUUUUCACAGACGUUUGGGUUGAUAGAAGUUAUAUGAAAGAUGACAUGGUUGAUACAAUAACAAGUGCUAUUCGUCAAUCAAAAGCUGUUUUUGUUCUUCUUAGUGAUGCGUAUUGUACAUCAGAUUUUUGUCGACGCGAAUGGCAAUUUGCUAUUACCAAAAAAAUUAAAAUUUAUCCUGUUUUUGUUCAAGAAGAUUUUAAAAGAGAUGCCUUUGAUUGGGUUGUAUUUAAUAUUGGUCAUAGUCAUUUUUAUAAAAUUUAUAAAAAUGAUGAAUUACAGCGUUUAAUUAAAAAUCUACGUAGUGAAAGUCAUGAACGACCAAAAUCACCAAUGAACUUAAAAAAUGAUUUAAAUGAAUCACAAGUACUAAUAUGGACAUCCGAAGAUAUUCAAGAUUGGUGUCGUACAAACAAUCUUGAAAAAUGGUGUGAACCAUUAGCUCAUUAUCAUGGCAAAGCUUUACUUGAACUAAAUAGAAUGUUAGAGAAUGACACAAAUAUACAAUAUAUUGUCAAUGGACGUGAUAUAACUUUGACUGAUGUUGUUUUAUUUAAAUGUGAACUUCAAAAAUUAUUAUUGAAAAGAAAAACAACACAUAAACUACCAAAGAAAAAAGAUGUAAUGAAAUAUCGUUCCACAGACAUGUCAACUAAAUAA